UCAAUAACUAUGUUCUGAAGGUCGUCCGGGAAUGAGGCAGAGGGGUGGCCUCCUUUGGUGGAGUCCCAAGGGAAGCAAAGCCUUUCCCGGCAUCCUUGAAGACCAUCUUUGUCACUGUGGAUGGUGGUGCCUCCUGUGGUUAUUGGGGCUUUUACAGUUACCAGUCCUGGUGUAAUCACAGAGCCUCCUGCUGUGGAAUCUUACCCCAGCCUCUGUUUCCAGUUCUGCCCCCUGGGAUGGGGUCUUCUGCAUCCUGCCGUGUUCUGGGCCGCGGUCCUUAGGAGAAGACUUCUUCACAGCAAACCUGGAGAGGAAGAAAGGCCUGGAAGGGGAUCAGGGCAUGGCGCAGGCGGGAGGUGUCCCCUGCCCCGGGGCUGCCCCGGGCCAGCCCCUCGUGUUCAAGCUGGUCCUCUUGGGAAGUAGCUCUGUGGGCAAGUCCAGCUUGGCUCUGCGGUACGUGAAGAAUGACUUCAAGAGCAUCCUGCCCACCGUGGGAUGCGCGUUCUUCACGAAGGAGCUGGAGUCGGGCGCCGUGGCUGUGAAGCUGGAGAUCUGGGACACGGCCGGCCAGGAGAAGUACCACAGCGUCUGCCGCUUGUACUUCAGGGGCGCCAGUGGGGCCAUCUUGGUGUACGACAUCACCAGGAGGGAUUCCUUCUGCAAAGCCCAGCAGUGGCUGCAGGACCUCGAGAGGGAGGCGCCCCCGGGGGAGGUCGUGGUGAUGCUGGUUGGCAACAAGACGGACGUCGGCGAGCGGCGGGAGGUGACGUUCCAGGAAGGGAAAGAGUUUGCGGAGAGCAAGAAGUUGCUGUUCAUGGAGGCCUCGGCCAAACUGAACCACCAGGUGACUGAGGUCUUUAGCACCAUAGCCCGAGAGCUGCUGCAGAGAGAAGACAGGAAGAAGGCCCAGCCGCAGAGGGGAGAUGCAGGGCUGGCUCUGAAGGGGGCACCUGCCGGGCAGGCCGGAUGCUGUGCCCACUAACAGCAGCCGCGCCAGGAAGCCCGGCUCCGGCUGCCCCUUGGGGUGAGCCACUGCCACGGCCACGUACUCUGAUUCCCCCUGAAGCGGGCGUGUUGCCGAGUCCUAGAGGUUCUGGAAGCCGGCAUCCUUGAGCCUUACCACUUCUCAAAGCCGGCGGGAAUCAUUCAGGAGAGGAGCCAGUGACAACGGGCUCCCAGGGGUGAUGAGGGAAAUUGUCCCCUUUUAGGGUUUGUGGGCCUUGGCACGGGGAAGCUGGACUUUAACAUUUACCAAGGGACGAAAACGUUUCAAAGCAGUCGCUCUGUUUCUGCCCCCAGCACACUUUGUACAUCCGCUUCGUUAAAAACAAAACAAAACAAAACAAAACAAAAAAACCAACAAGGAACUUUCCAAACAUAAAGAUGAGAAAAAGAAAAAAACACCUCCCUGGUUCCCGUAAGAUGAAAGUCAUACAGCCUCGCAAAUACUUAAAACAUAAGAUAAAAAUCUGUAACUUCCUGGAAUGUUCUUUGCCGUGAUGACUCGUAAUUCUUUAUGUAAAGGCGUAUAUGACUCUGCUCUUCCUUGUGAGGAUCGUGUGUCCCGGGCAGAUGUCCUCACUCGGGUUCCAAUAAAACUCUUUUCUCUUUAAAA